AUGGAAGCUCUUGAUGUUCUUCUUGAACAGUGGAAGAGGACUGGAUUUUCAGCUGCAGAAGUUUUCAGUAUGCUCACUAAUGCAGUUGUUCAAACUGUUGAGGAAGUGGAAGCUGGAGAUGUUUUACAGAUCGAUCAGAGGGAUGUUGAGGAAGCUGUUGGUGAUGAAACUGAUGGUCAAGGAACUGAGUUAAAGUCUAAAAGAAUUCUUAUAGUCAAGGUUGUCAAGAAAGAGGAAACCGAGGAAGAGUUGGAGAAUGCAGAUAUCUACAUCGAGAGGCCCGAGUCCGCGAAGGAAUUGUACAAUGGAGAGAGUGAGAGUUUGCCCGUGGCAAAUUCGGCAGAGCAGUUGCAUGAGGUAGUGAUGACUCCGAGAGUGGCGCAAAGGACUUCAUGGAUGAAUUGCUGUGGAUUGCUUGAUGUCAUAACUGGGUCCAGGGCAUAAUUUCCAGGUUUGUAUUUUCCAGUCACCUGGAAAAUUGGUAUGGUGGUUUCAUGGCGGAGAAUAGUGUCUAUUGCAUUCUAUACCUGCAUAAGCUAGGCUUUGUAAUAUAGCAGCAUUUACAUUUUUAUCAAGGAGUGUCUACUCUUUGAUGUCUCAGUUGUUACCUUUGAGGUUAGGCUAGUGCCGAAGAACUCGACCAUCGUGGAAAACUGUAAAAUUCUAUUUGUCAAGCGCAUAGACUCGUGUUUGCUUCCCCAUUUCUAUAAACUCAGUAGUUACUUCUGGAUA